AUGGCAUCAGCACCAGCAAACCCCCACCCCAUUCCCCUGACAGAAUCCGAAGUCUUGAUCCGCGGCUUCCUGGCUGCCAAUCCUGAUUUAGACGCCAAGCUUGGGCCGGUCACUAUGAUGACGGAUCGGUACACGAAUGAGGAGUGGGCGGCGCAGAUUAAAGAGACGCAGCGGGCGGUGCUGAAGGAGGUGGAGAGUGGGGAGAGGGCGAGGAAAGUUUAUGAAGGGCCGCGGAUGAAGGAUGGGAAGGAAGCGUUGAAGCAGCUGGCGUUGACGGUGGAUCAUACCGUGCUCAAGCUGGAUGCGACGACGAGCGCGAUUGAUGGGCUGUGUAGUGAGGCGCGGACCGAAGGAUUCAAGUCCGUCUGCGUGCGCCUCAACUGGGUACAGCGUUGCAUCUCCAACCUCAAAGGCAGCCCUGUCGUCGUCGCCUGCGUCGUCGGCUUCCACGAAGGCACGCAAGACACCUACUCCAAGCUCAAAGAAGCGCGCGCUGCCGUCGAAGCCGGCGCCGCUGAACUAGACCUCGUGCUCAACCACGCCCUACUGACCAAGCACAAUAAGCCCGCUUCCCCUGACCGCAUCAUCAGUUCCAAGGACUCUGCUAUUGAUAGCAUCACUGCUGCUAACACCGCGGCGAACGUGGCGUCUACUGCCGCGCCUGACGAUGAAGAGAUUCCGGACUACUCGGCGAUUUACAGGGAACUGGCGAGUAUCCGAUCGCUCUGCCCAAGUCCCGUCGUGCUCAAACUCAUCCUCGAGACGUCGCAGCUUUCAGACGCGCAGAUCCUCGCUGCAUCUCACCUCGCGGCCGCCGCGAAUUUCGACUUCAUCAAGACGUCUACGGGCUUCAAUGGGCACGGCGCUACGCUGCCGCACGUGCAGCUCAUGGUCGGCGCGGCGGAGUAUCUGGCCAAGCAGGGUGUGGGGAGUAAGAAGAUGGAGGUCAAGGCAAGUGGAGGAGUCAGGAGUUUGGAGACGGCGGUCAAGAUGCUGGAGGCGGGCGCGACGAGGCUGGGGACGAGUAGCGGGUUGUGGAUUAUGCAGGAAGCUAGGACGAAGGUUGGAGAGGAGAAGGGAAGGCAGGAUGGCGAGAGGCCGCCGCAGACGAGGUUGUAUACGGAUGAUUCGGUGGCGGGCGAGUAUUGA